AGGACGCACAAUUCUGCGUUGCUCCUCCCCUCGCGGCACCUGGUCUCGGCCGGGCGAGCUGAGCUGGACCCCUUGAUUAAGUGCGAUCAACUGCAGCGCGCAGCGGAACCAGAGUGUAGAUUGUCACUGCCGCCCCGCGCGCCGUGACUCGCGACCCCAGACCCUCGACUCCUUUUGGCUUGGCCCGCGCGCCCCAGGCCCUGCCCGGGCGGCGCGACGGGAGGAUGAGCGGCGGGCGGCGAAAGGAGGAGCCGUCUCAGCCGCAGCUGGCCAACGGGGCCCUCAAAGUGUCUGUCUGGAGCAAGGUGCUGCGGAGCGACGCGGCCUGGGAGGAUAAGGAUGAAUUUUUAGAUGUGAUCUACUGGUUCCGACAGAUCAUCGCUGUGGUCCUAGGUGUCAUUUGGGGAGUGUUACCGUUACGAGGUUUCUUGGGAAUAGCAGGGUUUUGCCUGAUCAAUGCAGGAGUCCUGUACCUCUACUUCAGCAACUACCUACAGAUAGAUGAGGAGGAAUAUGGUGGCACAUGGGAGCUCACGAAAGAAGGGUUUAUGACGUCUUUUGCUUUAUUCAUGGUCAUCUGGAUCAUCUUUUACACGGCCAUCCACUAUGACUGAUGGUGUACAGUCCCCACCUGCGUCCUGUUUGGUCCAAAGGACCCUAUUAGUUAAAGCACAGAAACAUGAUUGUAGGGGGCACCCCAGCUAUGUGGAACCUGGAAGACCCAUGUUUCCUGGACCAAGAAUCAGUGUGGUGGGCGUCAGUGUUUUCUGCGAGGGUUGUAACCUGAAACUUUUUAAAGAACCAUCCACCUUUUGGGGAAGCAUUUCUGAAUUGUUCAUCACCAACCAUCUCUUCUCGGAUACCAUCAUGAAACACCUAUUUGCCAAUUGGAGCUGUCAUUUAAUUUGAUGCAAAUCUGGAUCCGGAUGAAACAUUAAAUUGUCUUCCUCAAUUCUCCAUCAGGUGUACAGUUUUUAAACUAUCAGUGGCAUUUGAAGUCUUCUGAAAACACUAUGGCAGUAUGUGCAAAGUUCAUAGCACAGCACAAACAGCAUCUAGUAGCAGUUUGCAUUGUAGAAUGUUUUCAGACACUUGAAUAAAUCAGAUCUUUAAUUGACAACCUGCUGAUGAUACCUGGUAAAGCCUUUCCAACCCCACCUCUAACCUGAGAACCUAGUAAGAACACUUAGAGGCGGUGCCCUCUCAUCUCUGUCCCUCAUCCUUUCCCGGGUCCCUUUGCAGCUUCAUCCAGGCCCCCUUCCCUUUAUGGGUUUAGGCUG